AUGGCACGUCGUAAACGCUCUGACUCGAUUACCUCGUCGGAUUCAUCAGCAUCCUCACGUAGCUUGAACUCGGUAUCAUCAGUGGACCCCUUACCUCCGAAGAAGGUACCAAAGAAGGGCACGAGGCCCAAGAAAAGAUGCCGUUCAUCAGAUAAUGAUGAGAAAAGGGCGAGGAAAAAGGAGUCCGAUAUUGAUCCUGACGAGGAAUUUCUCGCCGCUGCACGCUGCACGCUGUAUAGCGCGUUGCAUCGAUGUUUGGCUCUGCAGCAGCGCGAUGCUGCAGAGAAUGGUGAUCUAUCAGAAGAUGAAGACACCCAGGCUUGUCGAGAGAUGCGGCUCUCGAAGAUAUCACCUAAAGUUCAAGAACAAUACAAGAGGAACUAUGCGCGGCUACUUCACCUUGCUCCGAGUCUGAAACCUCUACUCGGCGACCCUCGUAAAGCCUCCGAGCUCAAUGAUAUCAUCAAGAAGAUGGAUGCUACUAUCUCAGGUACUCGCUCUGACGAUGCCUCACAUCUGAAGAGUCAAAUCGGCCAUUACGCGGCCUUCAACACCAAGGACCACCCAAUACGUCCAGCCAUAUACGACGGAAGUGGUUCGCAUACCCACUUGGGUAUCAACCACCCUGUUCUAGCGCGCUUUCUCUGUCUGGUCAGGGAACUCAAAAGAUUUUCAGAGGACGCUGACAAGGCACUUAAAGACAUUCAAUGUGGCAAGGUAAACUUGACUGCAUUUGCACUUCCCACAUUUCUAUGGGCCGGAGACCCACCAGGUCAAGAAUAUGACGACAACAACAUGUUCGAAGGCAUGUUCGAUGGCUACUUACUGGAGCGGACUAUGCGGCACAUUUUUACAAGUCCCUUGAGUGCAUAUGGAGGGGAGACACGCGCGACACACACCUGCAACGCCACUUUACACGACAUGACGACGGUGGAAGCAGCACAUAUUGCCUAUGGCUGCUUACAGGUUCAUUUUGGCAUCAGCGCCAAGAAUGCAUGGUCCGAAAUUGAUGGUGCCUUCAACUACCGGGAAUUCUACAACAACAUCAUCGAGCUGAUUGAAGAUUCACCUGAUCCGGAGUGGAAAGAGAGCCCAUUCAGUAACAUUUUCCGACUUAGUCGGACAGCCAAAGGUUGA